CUGCCGGUUGGACGGACGGUUGGUACGGAAGCCCGGGGAGGUCGGUCCGUCGGUGUCCGGGUUCCGCGGUCCGCGGUCCGUCUCCCUUUCCCCACUCCACUCCCGGCCGGCAGCAUGAGUGUGGACAAGGCGGAGCUCUGCGACAGUCUGCUGCUAUGGAUCCAGACGUUUCAUGUGUCAUCGCCCUGUACUACCAAGCAACAUCUGACCAGCGGAGUUGUCAUCGCCCAGGUUCUUAACCAUAUUGAUCCCGCCUGGUUUAAUGAGGCCUGGUUAGGGCGUAUCAAGGAAGAUAUCAAUGACUGGAGGUUGAAGGUCAGCAACCUGAAGAAAAUCCUUCAGAGCAUGUUGGAAUAUUACCACGAUGUUCUGGGCCACCAGAUUUCCGAGUACAAUUUGCCGGAGGUGAACCUGAUCGGCGAGCACUCGGACGCAGCGGAGCUGGGUCGGUUGCUGCAGCUCGUGCUCGGCUGUGCCGUCAGCUGUGAGAAGAAACAAGAAUACAUCCAGCACAUCAUGACGCUUGAGGAAUCUGUACAGCACGUUGUCAUGACAGCCAUUCAGGAGCUUUUGACCAAGGACCCUUGUGAAUCAGUGGCUAGUGACAACUAUAGCGAAGUGGACUGCCAGCUGAAGAGGUUCAGUUUGUGUGAGGAGGUGGAAUCAGGAGACGAGCUCUCUCAGCGCUGUCAUGAACUAGAUCUUCAGGUGGCGACCCUUCUGGAGGAGAAGAACAGCUUGCUGGCUGAGAACAAGCUGCUGCGUGAGGGGAUGAGCCGCUCCAACUCGCUGGAGGACUCGACCAGCGCCACCAACAAGAAGCUCCUUCUACUGCAGAGCCAGUUGGAGCUGGUGCAGGAGGAGAACUACAGGUUGGAAGCAAUCAAAGAUGACUUCCGCAUCCGGUGCGAGGAGAUGGAGAAGGAAUCGUCGGAGUUGCACCACAGGAACGACGAGCUCACCAGCCUGGCUGAGGAAUCCCAAUCCCUCAAGGACGAAAUGGACAUCCUGAGGCAUUCUUCGGACAAAGUCAGCAAGCUGGAGGCCACUGUCGAAGCCUACAAGAGGAAACUGGAGGACUUGGGAGACCUGCGUCGACAAGUCAAGCUCCUGGAGGAGAGGAACACUGUCUACAUGCAGAAGACCUUCGACCUGGAGGAGGAGCUGAAGAAAGCUAACUCGGUCCGCAGCCAGCUGGAGGUGUACAAGAGACAGGUCCACGAGCUUCACAACAAGCACACAGAAGAGUCGAUGAAAACCGAAAAGUGGCAAUUUGAGUUCAAGCACCUGCAGGAGAAACAUGACGCGCUGCUGAAAGAGAAAGAGCGGUUAAUAGUGGAGCGUGAUGGCCUCCGGGAGACGAAUGAAGAGCUGCGAUGCGCACAGGCUCAGCAGAAGGUCUUGAGCAAAGCCGCAUCUAAUGAAGAUUUAUCAGUGGGGAAUCUUGCAGCGGAGAUGGUUCCUGCAGAACUACAGGAACGGGUCAUCCGGCUGCAACAUGAGAACAAGAUGCUGCGAGUUCAGCAAGAGGAGACGUACCACGACCGAUUCCACGAGUUCCAAAAUGUGUUGGACGAUGCCAACAGGCACACCCACAAACUGGAGAAUGAAAACCGGCUGAAUCAGCAGCAGAUCACGGAAUUACGGUCGCAGGUGGAACAGCUCCAGCGAGCUCUCCAGGAACAGGGAAGCAAGGCGGAAGAUUCUAACUUGCUGAAACGGAAACUGGAUGAACACUUGGAGAAGCUGCAUGAGGCUCACACUGAGCUCCAGAAGAAGCGGGAAUACAUCGACGACCUGGAGCCCACCGUUGACAGCUACACAGCCCACAAGAUUGAUGAGCUGCAGGAGGUUUUGAAGAAGAAAGAUGAGGAUAUGAAGGCGAUGGAGGAACGCUACAAAAAAUACCUAGAUAAGGCACGGACGGUGAUUCGAACUCUCGAUCCAAAGCAAACGCCAACAACUGCUCCUGAGGUUCAAGCCUUAAAAAAUCAGUUGCAUGAGAAAGAAGCUAAGAUUCAUUUGUUAGAGGGGAACCGUUAUAGCCAAGAUGUGGAAGGUCAAGAAGCAAGAAGGAAGCUGGGUUACUCCAGCACUCUGUGCCUAUCUUCGGUUGAAACCAGAAUCUGCAGUUUCCUUCAUACACACUUGUCCCGACCCAGGUGUGACUGGAAGCAGUGGGGGAAUUGUAAACCAGGGCAGAGUCUCCCGUUCAGACAACACUAAUUCUCAUCGUACAUGAAGUACCUCAGCUAUCCCCGUGUUCCUCAAUGAGAUUGUACUUCAGACCGGCUGAAAUACAGAGAGUGUCUGAGAUCCGCUUGCGAGUUCUACAACAGGAAUCGUAGGUCCGAUUGGUAUUGAGAGCCGCUCGGAAACUAAGUUGGCGUAACUCUUGCACUUUAUCUAUUAUGAAUGUAACAUCAAGCACAUGUUGAAGUGCAAGACCGUUUGCCCAGCCCUGAGGUUAUGUCGGAAUGUGCCUUCCCCUUGAAUUAUAUCUUUUUCCUCCCUGCCUAUUGCGAAAGAAAUUCAACGUUUUUUUAAUUGAUUCUCUAGAUGAUUAGCGGAGGUGAAUUUUACGAGUUUAUCUGGCUAAUUGAUUUUUAUGUGUUAUUGCUGUGAACAUCGUUCUUAGUACUGUAGGGGGUAGACUGUAAAACUGAACAAAAACCAACAAUUAAAACGAAUUCUUCUACGACGAUAUUUUAGUUUAUAUUCAAAUUGAAUGUAAAUGUUCAGCUUGGCAGAGCUCAGCAACUAGAGAGGUUUAUGGGGUCUAGUUCCAAUGGGCUCUGCUUUUGUUAAUUUAAAUAAAGUUUUUGUCCUUUAUGUCUGUAAA